UGCUUUUUUUGCUUGUCGCGGAAGUCCCUUCCUGUAGCGGAGAAUACACGAUGCCCUUGCCUGCUUGAUGUUGAGAAAACGUGGAUUAAAAACUCUCUCCGUGUUUGGCGGUAUCGCCUUUUUCUAAUUACUUGAUUUGACUGUCAAAAGCGAAAAAGGGUCAUAAUGCCUCUUCUUAAGUACUCACCUAAAGUGUGGGAGGCCCUUAAACUGAAGCAGGGCAUCUACGCUCGUCUCCCCAAACACUAUCUCAAGUCCCUCGAGCAGAAAGAGCCUACACCUGUCCACUGGAGGCCUCUGGGAGUCCAGUACCGAGCCAACCCCAAUACGGGGCUGAAGGAACGGGUGCAGGAUGUCCCAGUUCCCGUCUACUACCCUCCAGAGUCCCAGGAUGGCCUGUGGGGUGGAGAGGGCUGGAUAUCAGGCUACAGAUAUGCCAACAAUGACAAAAUGUCCACUCGUCUGAGGAAGACUUGGAAAGCGCAGGUGUUCAAGAGAGAGCUUUACAGUGAGAUCCUCGAUCACAAGUUCACCAUCACAGUCACAACACGCACUUUGGACCUCAUCGAUGCUGCUUACGGCUUUGACUUUUAUAUUCUCAAAACACCAAAGGAGGAUUUGAACUCCAAACUGGGGAUGGACCUGAAGAGGGCCAUGCUGCUUCGUCUGGCACGCAAAAAAACAGAGCUUUACCCUAAUGACCCCAUUAAAAGAGAACAAGUUUAUGAGAAAUACAAGCAGUUCGAGAUCCCAGAAGAGGAGGCGGAAUGGGUUGGCCUGAGUCUGGAGGAGGCUGUGGAGAAACAGCGGCAGCUGGAGCACAAGGAGCCUGAUCCUCUGUUUAAGGUCUAUGUGGACAAGCUGGCGGAGGAUCUGCACAUCAAGAAACUGCUGGAACCACAUCUCAUAGAGAAUAAGUGACAUCCUGAACCACCUCCGUAAUCGGAAAAAUUUAGUAGGUUGAACUGUGAAGCUUCUUCGGAUCUUGGUGAAAGUUUGAACCACCUCUUUGCUGUUCCUGGAUGCUGACUAGGGGAAAAAUCCUGAAGUUUCUGCUUUAUUUAUUUCUGGGAAGGGCACAAAGGUGGAAGUGACACAAAAAAACUAUCUUGGACUAAUGCUUUAUUUUAUUUCACAUAUGGAUUAUCCUGCUUUGCGUUUAACAGCCUUGCAUAAGGAAGUUCCAGAAGUGAGGAAAAAAACCUCCAACAAUGUAAAUAUUCCCUCAGCAGCUCUGAUAUAAGACACAUGUACAGGAAAUCUGAAAAUAAAAGAUUUUCUUUUUCUCUUAA